AUGUCCUCCACCAGAGCCUGUAACCUGUCCGUCUCCAUCGCGGUCGCCGUCCUCUUCCUGAUCGCCGGCGCGCGCCACGCCGCCGCGUUCAACUACGCGGACGCCCUCGACAAGGCGGUGCUCUUCUUCGAGGCGCAGCGCUCCGGGAAGCUGCCGCCGGGCCAGCGCGUCGGGUGGCGCGCCGACUCCGCCCUCUCCGACGGAUCUGCCUCCAAUGUGGACCUGGUGGGAGGGUACUACGACGCCGGCGACAACGUCAAGUUCGGCUUGCCCAUGGCCUUCACCGUCACCAUGCUCUCCUGGAGCGUCGUCGAGUUCGUCGGCGACGCCACACCAUCUACCUCUCGCGGCGAAGCCGAGGCGGCCGUGCGCUGGGGCGCCGACUACCUGCUCAAGGCGGCGACCGCGACGCCGGGAGCCCUGUGGGUGCAGGUCGCGGACGCGGGCCGGGACCACGCGUGCUGGGAGCGGCCCGAGGACAUGGACACGCCUCGGGCGGCCUACAAGGUGACGACGCAGAGCCCCGGGUCCGACGUCGCCGGCGAGACCGCCGCGGCGCUUGCAGCGGCCUCCCUCGUGUUCCGCCGCCGCGACCCGGCCUACUCGUCCAGGCUGCUCGCCGCCGCGCGCCAGGUGUUUGAUUUCGCGGACCGGUACAGGGGCUCCUACAGCGACUCGCUCGGCUCCGUGGUGUCCGGUUUCUACCGCUCAUACUCCGGAUACAAUGACGAGCUGCUCUGGGCGGCGGCGUGGCUGCACCUGGCGUCGUCGCCGUCGCCGUCCUCAGAUGGCGAGUACAUGUCGUACAUCCGCGCCAACGGACCCAACCUCGGCGGAGAGCAGGACGACUACACCGUCAGCUGGGACGAUAAGCGCGUCGCCACAAAGGUCCUCCUCUCCAAGGUGUUCUUGCAGAACAGGGUGGACGGCCUGAGCACGUACAAGUCGCACGCCGACCACUACAUCUGCUCCCUCGUCCCGGGCGCCGGCGCCGGCCAGGGGGAGUACACGCCGGGCGGGCUGCUGUUCAAGGACGGCGACAGCAACAUGCAGUACGUGACCUCCACCACCUUCCUCCUCCUCGCCUACGCCAAGUACCUCGGCGCCGCCGCCGGCGCGGCCUCCUGCGGCUCCGGGGCGGUCGCGCCGGCCGCUCUCGUCUCGCUCGCCAAGAAGCAGGUGGACUACAUCCUGGGCGCGAACCCGGCCGGGAUGUCGUACAUGGUGGGGUUCGGGGCGCGGUACCCGCAGCGCGUGCACCACCGCGGCGCGUCCAUGCCGUCGGUGCGCGACCACCCGGGCCGCAUCGGCUGCGACGACGGCUUCCAGUACCUGCACUCGUCGGAGCCGGACCGCAACGUGCUCGUCGGCGCCGUCGUCGGCGGGCCUGACUACAGCGACGCGUACUCCGACAGCCGCGACAACUACGCGCAGGCGGAGCCGUCCACCUACACCAACGCGCCGCUCGUCGGCGCCCUCGCCUUCUUCGCCGGGGCACCAAAUCCAGGACAUGUGCAAAGAUAA